UUCGAAGAAGCCCAAAAGUCAGGCCCACAUCCCUUGGGUGGAGAAAUAGUAGAUCGAUGUUUUGACGGUUAUCAACUGCUUCAUUUUAGUCGACCAAAAACAAUUGAUGAAGUUGCUUAUCAGACGGAAGUCGUUUCAGUGCUGAGGAAAUGUGUUGAAGGAGCAGAUUUGCCCAACCUGUUGUUUUACGGUCCACCGGGAACGGGAAAGACCUCUCUGAUCCUGGCGGUUGCACGACAGAUAUUCGGCCCCUUGUACUCAGAGCGUGUGUUAGAGUUGAACGCUAGUGAUGAGCGUGGUAUUAAUGUGAUUCGUGAAAAAGUCAAGACGUUCGCCCACCUAGCUGUGAGCAGUGGCACUGGCAUGGGGUCAUCCGCAAAAAUCCCCCCUUACAAACUCAUCGUACUGGAUGAAGCGGAUUCAAUGACUGCUCCAGCACAGGCAGCACUUCGACGUACGAUGGAAACAGAAACGCGAACAACCCGUUUUUGUCUGACUUGCAACUACGUGACUCGCAUCAUCGACCCGAUCACCAGUCGCUGUGCAAAGUUUCGAUUCCGUCCACUGGACAACGAAGUCGCUCGAGAUCGAUUGCGUCACAUUUGUGAUGAGGAACGCUUGGACAUUGAAGACGAGGUUCUCGAUCAUGUGCUCCAACUGUCCCACGGUGACCUGCGACGUGCCAUCACAAUGCUACAAAGCGUUUGUCAACUUUGGCAUCCGGUCAAUAGGACCGUCACCAAGGAUCAUUUCGAUGAAGUGGCUGCAGUUGUUCCUGACAAGAUGAUCAACAGCCUGCUGAAAGCCGCAACUGCCGGUCGGUUUGAUGAUUUGCAGUUGCAGAUAAAAUUAAUCGGUGUGAACGGUCCACCUGCGAGUGAAACCGUCAAGGAUCGGAAUGGAGUGAACAUCUCGAAUGAAGAAGAACGCCUCAACCGGUGGGCCGAAUACUUCGAACAACAAUUUUCAAGGCCAUCAGCUGGCACCCCUCUGGAGCCCACAGGUAAUGUAGAACCCUGA